ACUUUUAUUAGUUUUUUUGAUCAAAAUUCAAGUACUCUAGCCGUAAUCCCGACUCCCAAACCAGCCGGAAAAUGUCGAUAAACGUAGAACGCCAUACGGCAAUAUCGCCUGUGGAGCUCCUCAAGACUCUGGAGCUGUCCAACGACGAGGAACUCGACCUGAACAUCCGGAACUGGGUGCUCUGGGACCGAAACGAGGCGACUCUGGCCCAGGUGUUGUCUGCGGUGCACGAUCAGGAUUGGGAGGCUUUGCGGAUUCGACUUUGCCACCGACUAUCCUUCGGAAGCACUGGGAUCAGGGGCGGAAUGCGGGCGGGAUUCGAUUCCCUCAAUGAUGUGGUCAUCAUUCAGGCCGCCCAGGGGAUCUGUGCCUAUCUGCUGGACAUCUAUCCGAGUCUCCAGAAGCGCUCACAGUCGGGUGUGGUCAUUGGAUACGACGGACGUUACAAUAGCAAGCGAUUCUCCCAGCUGAUGGCCGCCGUUUUCCUCAACAACGAUUUCAGGGUCUACCUGUUCCGUCGGAUGGUGCCGACGCCCUUUGUUCCGUACACCGUCGUAGCACUCAAGUGUCUGGCGGGGAUGGUGAUCACCGCCUCGCACAAUCCCAAGGAGGACAAUGGCCUCAAGGUGUUCUGGACAAACGGGGCUCAGGUGACGACUCCCCACGACAAACGGAUUAACGAGUACAUAAUCAACCAUCUGGAGCCAAAGCCGUCAUCCUGGGAGCUGUCCGUUCUCGAGGAUCAUCCCUUGCUGGAGGAUCCAUACCGAAGGAUAUAUCCACUCUACUUUGGAUCGUUGAAGAAGCUCCUGCCCCCUGUUUACCUGGAGACCAACGAGUGCAGCCAAUUGAGGUUCAUCUACACACCGCUUCAUGGGGUUGCCUAUCCCUACAUGAGAGAGGCCUUCUACCAGGCCAGGUUGAAGCCUCUGAUCCCAGUUCCCGAGCAGAAAGAACCCGAUCCAGAGUUCCCAACUCUUGUCAGGCCGAAUCCGGAAGAUGGCAAGGAGGCCCUCCGAUUAGCCAUUGUGAAGGCCGAGGCGGAGCACUGCACCAUUAUCCUGGCCAACGAUCCAGAUGGAGAUCGUCUGGCUGCUGCCGAGCUGGAUCCCCGUGGACGCUGGAAGAUCUUCACUGGCAACGAACUGGCAGCCCUAUUGGGAUGGUGGGCGGUGGAGAGUUACAAGGUCCGGACGCCCAAGCCGGCGUUGGGUAACUGCAUCAUGAUUACCACGAUGAUCAGCUCCAAGAUCCUGGCGGCCAUGGCGCGAGUAGAGGGCUUCAUCUUUGUGGAAGGCAUGGUGGGCUUUCCCUGGAUGGCGAAUCGAGCCCUGGAGCUCCAGAGCUCCGGGCGGACGGUUCUCUUUGCGUACGAGGACUGCUUUGGUUACAUGUUCGGGAUGACACUGCCGGAUAAGGACGGCAUUGCCGCAGCCACACAACUGGCCACAAUGGCCUGUUACCUGCGAAGCCACCGGAACAUUACCCUGAUCGAGAAACUCCGGGAAAUCUAUCACACCUACGGUUACCACGAAAUGAUCUCGGUUACCUAUAGUGCCGAAGAUGCGGACGUGAUCACUGAGAUUUAUUCGCAAUUGAGGAACUUCGGUGAGGAGGGAAGUUAUCCGAAGUGUAUACUGGAAAACGAGUUCGAGGUGGUUCAUAUCCGAGACCUGACCACCGGCUUGGAUACCUCGUUUCCGGACAAAAAGGCCCGACUGCCUGUCAAUCCUGAAACCAAUAUCAUCACUUUUACCUUCACACAUGGCUAUGUCGUCAGUAUGCGAAGUGCGGCCAAUGAUUUCCGGAUAAAAAUAAAUGCCGAAAUUGCUGGCCUGCCGGAGGAGAAGGAAUGGGAGGAGCUGCACGACAAGCUGAACAGGAUGACCAAUGCGGUCAUCGAGGAGUUUCUCAAACCGGAGGAUAAUGGUCUCACCCAGGCGCCCUACGCCAAUUACUCGUAGUUUUAACCUAUGGUGGAGUAAUAUAUAUUUUUUGAUUCAAACAGAAAUAGUUUUAAUUAAAAUAUACACUUUGUUUUUUU